AUGACACACGGCAACGAAUUACAAGAAGACGAAAUGAGAGACGAUGCCACAGAAGACAACAGGGAUGAUGAGGCAUCAUACACAGACGAAGUAACAGAGAGGACAGAAUGGGUAGAAAAGACCAUCCAAUGGAUGGAAAUGGAGCCAGAUGCAGAGAGAACAAAGAUCCCCUCCAUGAAAGCCUACAACACCAAGAAAUUAAGGGGAAAACAAGGUCAAUGGGGGAAGGAGGAGGAGGAGGAGCAGCAGCAGCAGCAGCAGCAGCAGGAGAAGGAGAAGGAGGAGCAGGAGGGAGAGGAGGAGGAAGAGGAGGAGAUACCUCUCGAUAAUCCUUAUCUUCCUCCUAUCUUUUCUAAGUUGAUUCGACCGUCUUCCAACCUAGCAUACCUUGAUAAGGAUAUAAUAGACUCUCAAAUAAUAUAA